GGGAAGAAUGACUCGGCUGGGAAGUAGAAACCCUCUCAGAAGGAGGUGUGACUCAGCCGUGGAAAGAGGAGCAGCUCCCUCAUGUUUGGAUGGAAACUACUAGAGACGUGGAUCCAUCAAGCAGCAGACCUGAGCUCACUGAUUACAGCAGCGGCUCACAGACUGAUCUACCAGAGGCUGUCAACAGAUUUCAAUUCUUGUCAAAUUAUUUGAUAUACUGAAUUAGAGAUUAUCAGAUUGGUUGGAGGACUGGAGGAUCAGCCUCUGUGACUGACUGAAGCCGCAUUAACUGACUUUAAGUCUGAUCUGAAGCCUGAUCAAGUGAUUGGAAGUCUCACUGAUCAGUUUUACACCUUAAGUCUGACUGAUCUGACGCUGAAUUGACUGACUUGACACUUGAUUGCUUGAGUCUGACUGACUCCUGAGAUUCCUAAUUGACUUACCGGAAGCCUGUCAGCAUUGACACCUGAUUGUAAGCCCGAUCCACCAAUUGGGAGCCCAGCUGAUCGAUUGGUUUGCUGGCAUCAGGAUGAGCGGAGCAGAGGAGGUGGUGUGUGAAGGUUGGCUGCGAAAAUCCCCACCAGAGAAAAAACUACGGCGAUAUGCGUGGAAGAGGCGUUGGUUCGUGCUGCGAAGCGGUCGGCUGAGCGGGGAGCCGGACGUCCUGCAGUACUACAAGAACCAGCAGUCCCGCCGGCCAAUCAGGACCAUCAACCUGAACCUGUGUGAGCAGGUAGACGCUGGCCUGUCAUUCACAAAGAAGGAGCUGGAGAGCAGCUUCGUUUUCGACCUGAGGACGGAGGAGAGGACCUGGUACCUGGUGGCUGAGUCUGAGGAGGACAUGAACCGCUGGGUGUCCGCCAUCUGCCUGCUCUGCGGCUUCAACCCGACCGACGACGUUUCAGAGAGACCUUCUGUCUCUGGCUCGUCCUCCAUCACAGGGACAACCCCAACCAGUGGCAGUGCCACCACGGUAACAGGGUCGGUCCCACCACCCUAUGAUCCAGUGAGUGUGCGGAAUGUGCAGCCUGAUGCCAAUGCAGAAGAGGAUUACCUUUGGUUAUCACACUGCCAGAGUCACAUCAGGCCUCCUUUAGGUUCCUCCACCUCUCUUGAAACCGACUACAACGACAACCUCUACCCUCCUCCCUCCGCCACCUCCUCCUCCUCUUCCUCUUCCUCUUCUCCUUCCCUCCUUCCCAACAGCCUCCCGGUCCCGUCCUCCUCCUGUUCCCCCGGCUUUCGGACAGCUCCUUGGACAGCUACUGCCAUGACGGGCCCUUUCAGCCAGUCUCUGGAUGCCAGCAUGACCCUUGACCUCUACAAACGAGCCGGCAGGCCUCGCUGUCACCCGUCUCCUCAUCCCAGGAAGCACUCGCUGGAUUUCCACCUGCGACCUGUGGCGAUGCCUCUCACUGAUGACACGCGCUCCGCCGUGCAUCCAAAUACGCACUCAUACACCAACAGUGGUUACCAGAUCCCCCGUCCUGCGUUCACCCCGCAGCCACGUACCCCUCGCCGGCCAUCCUCUACCCCCAGCGUGGACUCCCUGACCCAGGCGGAGCUCCACGCCUCCACCCCGACUCCUCCUCCACGCCCGCCCAAGCCCCCGACCUUUGCAGCCCAGGGAGAGAGCUCAGCUGGGGGCACACUGCCCCGAUCCACCUCAGAGCAUGAUAGGAGGGAUGGAUAUGUGGAGGGAGGGGGUGGAGGUCUGCCAAAGAGUAACACUGUCACUAUGCCAGGACGCAUACAGCCAGGUUGUGAGUCUUUUUACAUCCUUCGGUCUCGGUCCGAGAGAGCUAGCAUGUUUGAGUUCAGCGAGAGCUUCAACAGCUACUUCUUUAAUAAAGGCAUGGUACCUCUGGGUAGUGUUUGUGCUGAAGAUGACGAUGUGGACGAAAACUAUGUUCCCAUGAGCGCCGCCACCACGGAGCCUCCUGUUGCACCGAGGGUGCUUCCAACUCCUGCCUCCGACCCCUCGGCCCAGCUCCAGGAUGGAAACUACGUCCCUAUGACCCCCCUCACCCCGUCCCUUCCCAUUCAUCCCACCCCUGCCACAGGGGACCUGGCGUCACUGGGGAGGCAAGUUCCCCCACCUGCUCACAUGGGUUUUCGUAACUCCCCCCUGACCCCCGUCGCUCCCCUCACCCCGGCGCUCCGGAGGAAUACCAUUAACACUGCUGGGGGAGUAGAGGUCAAAGCCAUGCCCCCUCCAAUCCACCGCAAUCUGAAACCACAACGCAGAGGGGUUUUUGCCAGUCAGCCUGCAGAGAAAACGGACGUCCAGGCUGCCGGAGAGAUGACGCACAAAACCAGAGUGAAACCAGCUCCUCUGAACAUCACUCCAGUGCAGCAGGACUGGCAGGAAGUCCCGCCCCCCAUCCGCUCACCUGUCACUCGAACCUUCACGCGAGAUCCGUCCAGUCGUCGGGCAGUCAGGCCGACCUCUGCUCACAGCUCGUCUCCCUCCUCCGAUUCCGAUGACCCGGAUGACAACUACGUCGCCAUGACAACCUCCAACCUCAGCUUCAGCGCCGGAGAGCCGUCUCUGAGGCUCAUGCUGCACCGGGCGUCAGAGGGCGGAGUCAGCAGCCCGUUGCUACGGCGAGCCAGAAGCGACAAACAGGUGGAGUACCUGGACCUGGACCUCCACACUGGGCGAUCAACACUAACAAGACAGAAACGCUGCACAGCAGAAGGCGGAGGCGGCGGUGGCGAGCACACUGGACCGGGUGAGGAGCUCGCACGGGGCGGGCGUACACGUGUUGACUACGUGGUGGUGGACCCCAAAAGGACCAAGGCCCUGAGGAACACCAGAGAAGCGUGGCAUGAUGGGAGGAUGUCCACAGAGAAGGAGAAAUGCUAGAAAUGCACACAGACGUUUGAAGAAGCUUCUUAACGAGCACUGAGGCCUUUAAAGGAAAAAGAGAAUUACUUUGAUUAAAAGUAAUCGAUUCAUCACUUCCUGAGAGUUUCUAUAAAAAUGUUCAUGCUCAGCUGACUGUCAACCCAAGAGUGUAUUACCAGCACAGGUAAUAGGAUUGUCUGCUGUAGAGAGAGCACAGUUUUUGUUGAAUGUGUGAAUGGAAGGCAAAGCUUGUAUCCGCAGGUAGGUUAACAUGGUUCUACAUUGACAUUAUAAUUAGGUAACAUUAGCGUCACUUAGCCAGGGAAGCUGAGGUUCUUCCAACGCACCUGCUGAGAUUUAAGUUAAAUCUCCAACUAGAGUAUUUCUUCCUCCAGAGUUUCUGUGUCAGAGACGUGUUGUAGACAUAAAAGCUAAGGUCACAGGUUUGACACCAGUUUCAAUAAAGAUUGCAGCACAGGUAACAUCCACCAGCAUCCAACUAAGCAUCAGCUAGAGCUCCAUUAUUCUCUAAACAUCGUGUUUUCUGCUGGAAUAGAGAAAAUAAAGGUGGACUGUCCUGAUGAUUAAAAAAACAUCCAAAUAACUUGAUGAUUUUCUUAUAUAAUCAUCCCAGCAGCUUUGUGUGCAGUUAAUUAUUGUGUCAAAUCAAAUCUGUAAUGUUACUGCUGAAUAAUUUCAUUGAUUCUGUGAGCGACAAAUGUGAUUUUUAGUAAUGACUGUUCAACAGUGAAUACAUGAAUAAACACUACACGACACAGG